GAAUUAGGGUUUAUAAGCCUAGUACACUUGCGGCGGCCUUGGGGAGCACUCUGAUCUGCUCUUCAGCCCCAGAUCUCUUCUGCACGAAAAAGCGAAAAUGCCAAAGCAAAUCCACGAGAUCAAGGAUUUCCUAGUUACUGCAAGAAGAAAGGAUGCACGCUCUGUCAAAAUCAAGAGGAGCAAGGAUGUGGUGAAGUUUAAAGUUCGCUGCUCCAAGUACCUUUACACUCUCUGUGUCUUUGACAAUGAGAAGGCUGACAAGUUGAAGCAAUCCCUUCCUCCAGGUUUGAAUGUGCAAGAACUGUGAAGCAAAUGAGUUGCUUUCAAAGAUUUUUACUAGUGCCUUGAGAAGUUGAUAUAUAUUUUUGUUUACCCCGUAAAUUUUGUAACUGCGUUGUUAGGCGGUGAGAACCUUGCCAUUUCUUUGAGCAUGAAUUUGUAGACUGAACAUGAUGGUGUGUUUAUUAUUUUUAAUUUAAUGAAUGAACUUCUCAGUUAUGCGAA